GAGCGGGACCAGAGAGAAGAGAAACGCAAAGAAAAAGAGGAAAAACGGGACCAGCGACGCAAAUGGCACUCAUGGCAGGGAUUGUGUUCACGGCCACCUUUCUUCUUCCUGGGAUUUCUGCUCUUCUUGGUUCUUCGACACGGAUUUACCCCCAGAAUGAAGUCACGUUACUGGACUCCAGAGCCGUCCAGGGGGAGCUGGGGUGGGUCGCCAGCCCGACAGAAGGAGGGUGGGAGGAAGUGAGCAUUAUGGAUGAAAAGAACAUCCCCAUCCGGACAUACCAGGUGUGUAAUGUCAUGGAGCCAAGUCAGAAUAACUGGCUUCGCACUGACUGGAUCCCCCGUGGAGGUGCCCAGCGUGUCUACAUUGAGAUCAAGUUCACCCUUCGGGACUGCAACAGUUUGCCAGGGGUCAUGGGAACCUGCAAAGAAACCUUCAACCUUUACUACUAUGAGUCCAACAACGACAAGGAACGCUACAUUCGCGAGAACCAGUUCAACAAGAUCGACACCAUCGCUGCGGACGAGAGCUUCACUCAGGUGGACAUUGGCGAUCGCAUCAUGAAGCUGAACACGGAGGUCCGGGAUGUGGGCGCCUUGACCCGGAAGGGUUUCUAUUUGGCCUUCCAGGAUGUUGGAGCCUGCAUUGCUUUGGUUUCAGUAAGGGUCUACUAUAAGAAAUGUCCCUUAUCUGUCCGUAACCUGGCUCAGUUUCCUGAUACCAUCACUGGAGCUGAUACGUCCUCACUGGUGGAAGUUCGAGGCUCAUGUGUGGAUAAUUCAGAGGAGAAGGAGGUUCCUAAGAUGUACUGUGGCGCUGAUGGAGAGUGGUUGGUGCCCAUAGGGAACUGCCUGUGCAACCCUGGAUAUGAGGAGCGCAAUUCAGAAUGCCAAGCUUGUAAGAUUGGUUACUAUCGGGCUUUGGCCACCGAUGGCUCCUGUUCCAAGUGCCCACUCCACAGUUACUCCGUCAGGGAGGGAUCAACAUCUUGUGCCUGUGAUAAGGGAUAUUUUCGGUCUGAGACAGACCCAGCAUCCAUGCCUUGCACUUGCCCUCCAUCAGCACCUCUUCAUCUCAUCUCCAAUGUGAACGAGACCUCCGUAAACCUGGAGUGGAGCCCCCCACGAAGCUCUGGGGGGCGUCAGGACUUGACGUACAAUGUUGUUUGCAAACGCUGUGGGCCUGAUGGCCGACGCUGCCAACCCUGCGGGAAUGGCAUUCACUUCAGCCCCCAGCAGCUGAGCCUGAAGGGAACCAGGGUGUCCAUCAACGAGCUUCAGGCUCACACCAACUACACCUUUGAGGUGUGGGCUGUGAACGGUGUUUCACCUCAGAGCCCGGGGCCAGAGCAGGCUGUGUCCGUGACUGUCACCACCAACCAGGCUGCUCCCUCCCCGGUGAGUUCUAUCCAGGCCAAAGAUAUCACCAGACACACCAUCUCACUGGCCUGGCAGCCACCAGAAAAGGCCAAUGGGGUCAUCCUGGAGUAUGAGGUCAAGUAUUAUGAAAAGGACCAGAAUGAACGAAGCUAUCGCAUUAUAAAAACAGCAUCCAGAAAUGCCAACAUCAAGGGCCUCACCCCACUAACUUCCUACGUGUUCCACGUACGUGCUCGCACAGCUGCAGGUUAUGGUGAAUUCAGCGGCCCCUUUGAGUUCAUGACCAACUCCGUUCCAUCCCCCAUCAUUGGCGAUGGAUCCAACUCCACAGUGUUACUGGUGUCGGUGGUUGGCAGCGUGGUCCUCCUCCUCAUCCUCAUCAGUGCUUUCGUCAUCAGCCGGAGAAGGAGUAAGUACAGCAAAGCCAAGCAGGACUCAGAUGAAGAGAAGCACUUACAUCAAGGAGUGAGGAUAUAUGUUGACCCGUUUACCUACGAGGAUCCAAAUCAAGCUGUCCGUGAGUUUGCCAAGGAGAUUGACGCCUCCUGUAUCAAGAUUGAGAAAGUUAUUGGCAUUGGAGAGUUUGGUGAGGUUUGCAGUGGCCGCCUCAAGAUGCCAGGCAAGAGGGAAAUCUGUGUGGCCAUAAAGACCCUGAAGGCCGGCUACACUGACAAGCAGAGGAGGGACUUCCUGUCUGAGGCCAGCAUCAUGGGCCAGUUCGACCACCCCAAUAUCAUUCACUUGGAGGGUGUGGUCACCAAAUGUAAGCCAGUGAUGAUUAUCACCGAGUACAUGGAAAACGGAUCACUGGAUGCAUUCUUGAGGAAGAACGAUGGUCGAUUCACAGUUAUUCAGUUAGUCGGCAUCCUUCGUGGCAUUGCGUCUGGCAUGAAGUACCUGUCAGAUAUGAGCUAUGUUCACCGCGACUUGGCAGCUCGUAACAUCCUAGUCAACAGCAACCUGGUCUGCAAAGUGUCUGACUUUGGUAUGUCUCGAGUGCUGGAGGAUGACCCUGAAGCUGCAUACACCACCAGGGGUGGCAAGAUCCCCAUCCGCUGGACAGCCCCAGAGGCCAUUGCUUACAGGAAGUUCACCUCAGCCAGCGACGUGUGGAGCUAUGGCAUUGUCAUGUGGGAGGUCAUGUCAUAUGGAGAGCGACCAUACUGGGACAUGAGUAACCAGGACGUGAUCAAGGCUAUUGAUGAGGGCUACCGGCUGCCCCCACCCAUGGACUGUCCUGUGGCACUUCACCAGCUCAUGCUGGACUGCUGGCAAAGAGAGCGAGCCGACCGGCCAAAGUUUGGACAGAUUGUCAACAUGCUGGACAAACUGAUCCGCAACCCCAACACCCUGAAGAGGACCGGAGGAGAUACCGCUGUCAGGCCCAACGCCACGCUGCUGGAGCCAGGCAGCCCAGAGGCAUCCUCGGCUGUGGGCACAGUGGAGGACUGGCUGCAGGCCAUCGGCAUGGAGAGAUACAGCGACAACUUCACUGCAGCCGGCUACACCACGCCAGAAACGGACAUGGCCCGCAUCGGCAUUUCCUCUGCAGCACACCAGAACAAGAUCCUGACCAGUGUCCAGAGUAUGCUGUCCCAAAUGCAACAGAUGCAAGGCAGAAUGGUUCCUGUCUGAGAGGAUAAAACCGAGAGGAAAGAGGAAUCAAAAAGACAUUCUUAUAAAAGAAUGAAUACAAAAAAAUAAACAUUAAAAAGACACAAAAACUAUGAAGUAGUUUACCUCAUCCAUGCACUUUAAAUUGGAUCUAAAAAAA